AUGUGGCAAAAGAAAGAGCAGGGAGGGUCGAGUUCUACCUUGAGCAGUGAUAUUAAUGAGAAGGAAACACCAAAAAUGGGGAAGGAACCUGAACAUGUGGCACUUGAAGGUGAUGAUGGGAGCUGGACAGAAGCGCUGAAAGGCAUACGUGAUAAAGGCCAUGGGGGUUACAUGAUAGUUUCUUGGAACAUAAGGGGGCUGAAUAAGGUAGCUAAGCAGAAAGAGAUAAGCUCCCGUCUCUUUAAGCUACAGCCUAAUAUUGCGAUAUUGCUAGAAACCAGGGUUAAGAAGGAGAAAGCUGAGAAAUGGAGGCAAAAAAUUGGUGGGAAUUGGCAGGUUUGUGAUAACUAUAGAAAUCAUGCCAAUGGGAGAAUUUGGAUCUUAUGGCAAGGUAGUAAGGUGAAUAUUCAAACAGUGAGUAUGACUGAUCAAAUGAUUCACUGUGGGUUGUAUGGCAGGGAUGGUAAAUUUGUGCAGUGGCUUACUGCAAUGUAUGCAGCUAACCAGCUCGAGAGAAGGAAAGAGUUAUGGAAAGAUAUAGAGAGAUUAGGAUCCAAUCAGCAGGGGCCUUGGAUUAUGCUUGGGGAUUUUAACAAUGUACUGGGGUUCCAUGAGAGGAUUGGAAGGAAUGAGGUCAAAGAGGCUGAGUUUAGUGAUCUUAGAGAGAUGAUGGUGGCUACUGGACUCUUUGAGGUUGACUGUAUUGAUGAUAAGUUCACUUGGUAUAACAAACAUGCUGAAGGUGCUAUCUAUUCUUGUAUAGAUAGAGUGAUAGGAAAUCUGGCCUGGAUCCAAAGUAAUAAAGAUAAAACUGUUCACAUCUUGGAGCCUGGAAUUUCUGAUCAUGCAAUGUUGUGCAUCAAAGGUAAUGAGCAAGUUGUUAGAAAGAAGACAAGUUUCAAGUUUAUAAAUGCUGUGAUAGAGGCUGAGGGGUACAGGACAGAAGUGGAAAAGAAUUGGAAAAGGAAGAUACAUGGUAAUAACAGUCAAAUGAUGUGGAACAAACUCAAGAGAUUGUAG